AUGGAAGACCUUCCUCCACCACUCCUCCUCGAGAUCCUGAGUCGACUCGGAGAUUCGGAGGACUUGGCUCGGUGCCGAGUUGCUUCGAAGACCCUGAACUCAAUUGCUCGUGAUAUCCGUUCCGUCAAUCUCCAGUGCUCCUAUGAUAGAUAUGCUAAAUCGCGCUCUCCUCUAACCAGCUCCUCUAUCACGCCUUUCAAGGAGAUUUUCAUUAAACUAAUCUCCGAAUUGGAAAUCGUCGAGAGCGUUUCCAUGGGCGUUGAGAAGCCGCUAAGAUAUGAAGCGUACGAUGAUAUGGAGGAUGAGGAGGCCGAUUUGUACUUGAGUGAUGAGAAUUUUUCUAUGGAGUGGUUACCUAAGGUGUGUGGAGGACUGAAAUCGAUUUCGAUAUCGGAUUUUUGGGUUCAGUCUUGCUGGCGCCGAUCCGAUGUGCUAUCCCUUAUUUCUUCCCAUUGUCUUAAUCUCUCAGAGUUAGAUGUCAAGAAUGCAUGGCUAUCAGUUGAUGGCCUAAAUCCAAUGCCAAAGCUAACAAAUUUGACACUUGAAUUCAUUAGAUUGGAUGACGAGGACUUGAACAAGAUCAAUGAAUCUUUCCCUUCAUUGCAAGUUCUUAAUUUGAUUGGGGUUGGAGGACUUAAAGAACCCAGGAUUCAUCUCAUGCACCUCAAAACAUGUCAAUGUAUAGUGUCUAACGCUCCAAAUUCAUUAGCCAUCAUUGCACCCAAUCUUGUUAAGCUCAAACUUAUUUGUGUGAAGCCAAAGCUGCUUGUGAUUGAGACUCCAUUGUUAUCUGAUUUACAUCUCUCUCUUGAGACUGCUGGCAACUUCAAGGUGAAAGGACUACAUGACUUGAGAAGGCUUCAUCUUGAAUCCACGGACCUCCGCAACCUACUUGUUACAUUUCCUUUCGGUAAAACAGUUAAGAAUCUAACUGUUGUCUCAACAAGGUGGGAAGUGCCAGUUGGUGUAACUAAGUCCACCUUUGAGUUAAUGCUUAAUGUUUUCCCAAACGUAAGUUCUCUCACUUUGGCCCCUGGAGCUUGGUCAGAAUUUGAAACAUAUCCUGGCCAGGUUGGUUUAGAAUCCAGGCUUCAGAUGAAAGGGUUAAAAAAAAUUACUGCUUAUUUAACAGUGAACGAUAUUGAGAUGACGAUAUCAACCAUCUUCUCCAUUUUGGAGAAUUGUACUAAACUGUCUGACAUGGCAUUGCUUAUCCACCGUGAUGUUGUCUCUAAUGUCACCAACAGCCUUAUUUCAAGGUGCAUGGCGCAUUGCUCUAGAGUAAGAUGGAAGUGGGGAUUGUGGAAAGACGAAACAAAAGAUGCAUGGAUAUCUGAUGGUAUUUAG